UACCAUACCGUCCAAAAUCCUAAUUUCCUGUACUUUGCUAGCUAGCUUGUGAUCCACAAGUAACGAAAACCUGUUCAUGAUCUAGGGAAAUGCAAAAUCACAUCCAUGUGACUGGCAAAUGGGAAUUGAUUUUUGAGCGGAAGCGACCAUGUUUUUAAUAAUUCGUCGAUUCUAAAAUGGCCUGCAGACUUGUGUCGAAACAAAGGAAUUAUAGAAGCUGAAAUAUAGGACCAUCACAAUGUGAGGUGUUGCAAAUAGGCAACGUCAGCCUACAUUGACGUGGAACAGGAUACAUAUUCUGACAGUGCUGGAUCAUUGAUCUCAACCGCAGAAUCAUAUCUCUAACUAAACAUCUAUUGUAAUCAGUUAGUGUCUGAAUUGGUAACCAAUUCAACUCUUCUGUGUAGCCUGCAGUUGAACAGAGGCAAUCCGCUUACAUGAAGAGUUCAAUUUUAGAGUGAAUCAUUGGUUGUGUGUGAUGUUGAUGAGGAUCUAGUGAAAAAACUGCGGGCGUUUCGUUUCCGAAAGGAGACCAACAAUGCCGCCAUUAUCAUGAAGAUUGACAAGGACCGACAGCUGGUAAUCCUUGAUGAGGAACAUGAGGACAUUUCUCCUGAUGACUUGAAGGAUGAACUCCCAGAAAGACAACCAAGAUUUGUGGUCUACAGUUAUAAGUAUGUGCACGAUGACGGACGGGUGUCCUACCCUCUCUGCUUCAUCUUUUCAAGUCCUGUUGGUUGCAAACCAGAACAACAAAUGAUGUACGCUGGGAGCAAAAACAAACUGGUUCAAACAGUAGAAUUAACUAAGGUGUUUGAGAUCAGGAAUACUGAAGACCUGACUGAGGAGUGGCUGAGGGAGAAGCUGGGAUUUUUCCGCUAGUCGCUCUCGACCUCCCUACCCCACCCCGCAGCAUCGGAGGAGAGGACAAGCGAGGGCGACGCACGUUACUCAAGGGGAGAACAAAUCCUAAUCCAUUUUCUUUACCACAGUUAACUAUCUGCUCUGUCUUAACCUCCACCACCUUCCCUAAAUCCGAAGUCUUAACUUUCACCAACCCAGUGUAGAUCUGAUACAUGUGUACACAGGACCCAAACUACAUCAAAAAGGCAAAGAUGAAACUUGAGAGUUGAAAACCUCUUUAGAAACAGACAUUUGGUUCCAGACAAAACUAACUCAUGAGAUUUUUGUGAUUGUCUAGUAUUGAUUCAACACUGCCAUUUACCUCACUACGAUCCGCCAUUAAGUCAUUUGACAGUUCUAUCCAACACACUAAUCUGGAAAAGGGUUGUUAACUCUAAAAUGUGGACCCAUGUUUAAAAUACAGACAUACAGUUAAAAGUGAAUGCACAACAGACAAACCUGGACAGACAGUCUAGUUUCUUUUGUUUUAAUUUGUAUGUGGAAAAGGGCAUUGUGAUAUCCGUGAUUUAUCUGACCAAUGAAAAGUGAAACACUAAGUAGUCACAAAAAAAUACAUUUUGCGCCACCCUACGUACUGUUGCAGAAGAUGAUGAAAAUUAUUAGGUGGUUAUGGGUUCAGACAGUAUUUCCCGUUGUGAUACAAUAAUUGUUCUAAAUGGACAACAACUGUGACCAAAUAUUUCUCCAUCCUUUUUUAUUGAUAGAUGGGCCCAGCUAUGUUACUUGAUCCAAGUAAGCCCAAGGAAAGAGAGAGUGAUAACAUAAGCACCAUUGGGAGAGCAUUUGGGGUUUUCUAUAAUGUGACCAUAUUUAGAUGUUACACACUUGAUAUCCAGCAAGCAGAUCUUUUAUUCUGUUCUCCAAACUACUUUUCAAGCAUAGAGCUGUGAAAACUAGAGUUGCACCCCACUGGAGAUGCUCCUAGAGCGCUCUGUCACUCCAUGGUGCAUUGUGGGUGUGUCUGUCUGGGGUGUGCACUGUAUUUGUUCAUCUCUCUCUCUUUGAAGAGGUCAGUAUGUAUAAACAAACUCGUUUGUAACUCAUUAAUAUUUUCUCUCUUACUAAACAACUGUGAGACUGAAAGUAAUAAUAAAAAAAACAACGAAUGUCUCACAACACGCUUGGAUUAAUGUUGAAUUUUUAUAUAUUUACACUAAACAACAGAAUCUUCUAAGAAUGCAUUAAACACUGGAUUAGUUUGGAAUGUUUACAGAAAACUAUGAAAAGCUAAUCUAAGGAUUUAUUUUAAAGGUCUGAGUUCAUGCUAAAAUAUUAACACAUUUAUACCUCCUCAAAACUCAGUAUAUUGUGUUCUGCAUUGUAUGUCUGAUGAUGGCACAUGCACAUUGCCGAGUUUUUUUGGGACAUAACUUGUUUUUGUAUCUAACUUGAAUGAGAUGGUUAGAGUGAUAGGAAGGUUAUUCAUUUUGUUUCAAACCAACUUUACUUGAGUGUGUCUUAAAAAUGUAACCAAUGUUUGUUUUUUGGUCCAACUUGCUUGGAAUUUAAUUAAUUAGAGGUUUCAUUUAUAAAUUGUUUGAUACAAUGGUUCUCAUUGACAUGCCCCAAAUGUGGCAGAUAUUGUUGAAUAUCCUUAUUAAAUCACAAUUUUACAUGAACACACAUUUUUGAUGUUCCAGUUCUCUAAUAACUCAACAGAUAUCAGGUGUCUUCAGGUGGUUGCAGCAGUGUAUUGGGGUGUAAGACUGUGUGUGUGUGUGUGUGUGUUUGUGUGCGCACGCACAGAGAUGGCAUUAGGGAUAAUGUGUUCCACUGUGUCCUUUUGAAAACAGUCACAUUUCAUAACAGAAAAUCUCUGCGCUGUCCAAACACAAUGUUGUGGACACACUGGGUGCUUUAAUCUCAGUAAUUGCGGUGGAACACAGAUUUAAGUGAGAUUUAAAUAUCUGCAAUUUUGGGCCAAAUAGAUAUCAUGUGUAGAUUAUGUGAAAUUACCCAGAUGGGUAAUCUGGUCAGUUUUAGGGUAAUAUUGAUUUAAUUGAAUUUUAUUUAAUAUUGAUUUAGUUGUUCUUUUGGUUAGAUUUCCCCAAACAAUUACCAUAACUGCAACUACAAGAAUAAUUUAUCUUUUUCUCCAUUUCUCAUUUGAGCUUUCUCUUUAAGCAACUGCAUACAAAAACUGUCUCCUGCAGACAAAAAUUGAAUCCUGUUUUUAUUAUUAUUAUAUGUUGAAGUUAUUCACAGGUUAAACAAUCAGUAAUGUUAUCACCCAUGUUUUUUUAAGUACCCCUGUGAAUUUUGAUUCUGCUGUUUACCACUGCUAUCCCAUAUAUAAUAACUGUCCUAAGAGGAUGUUUCAGCCAUCGAAAACACUGUAAAAAUAUAUGCAUGCAUUUCUUAGUGUGCUUGUCUUGAGGUUGCCUGUGUCAACAUACACACCCUGAAACAUAAUAUCACUUUGUUUUUCAGUGUGAACAUAAACAUGAAGAAGAGUAAUACUUUGCAUACUGCAAGCAAUGAUUCAUAAAAAUGACAGUGCAUGAGGGAUACCAUUAGAAUACUUUAAACUGUGAAGGCAGAUUCUUGCAGAGUUCAUGACUGGUGGUUGGGUAGCAUUCAAUUCACUGACCAAAACACUUUGACUUUAGCCUAGAAAUCUAGACGCACCCUAGUGGCAGCAAAUUACAUUUUUAUGUGGGUCUGGCUCGUCAGGCUACUUUGACUUGUCAGUUCUAUCGACACUCUGUGGAAGUGAUUAAUCUUUUUCUCAUCAUUAGAGAUAUUUGGUGAAUCUAGUUAGUAAGUCCACCUCUGUAGCCUGCCCUGAGGUAAAAUAUUGUUAUUUUCCUUUUUAUGUUUUGGGAAAGAUUGCAAGUAUACUCAAGUAUUCAAGAGCAUUUUUUUUUAUUUCUUUAAUUAGCUUUUCCAAAAUGGUUCCCCAUCAGGAUUGCUGCCUCCUUGUCCCACACCGUGCUGAAUAGCUUUCUCUCUGUCCUACUCCCCCACUCACCCCAACCUGUAAUGAUGUGUCUCCAUAUGUGGCCUGUUUUACAUGAUAUAUGAUGGAUGUGUACUUUUUUUACUUUAACACAUUGCUGUUUGAGAUCAAGUGCUUAUUUGUAUUUUCUAUAUAAAAAAGCAACAAUACAGUGUUUGUGUCAUGUAGAACAUUGUUCCUUGCCCAGUGCAGUCUGUGAUGAUGUAUUUGAGAUGUCUGUAUUUUUCCAUAAUUUAUACAGUGUCUCAACAGUGUACUCCCAAUAAAACAGAAGCAUUGUC